AAAUCCUUCCAAACAAGGUAAAUUCAUUUUACAUUACUUCCCCUCCCCUCUCCUCCCUUCCAUUAAAAUCCUUCCCCUCCCUUUCCCUCUCGUGAACCAAACAGUGUCUAACUGAAAAAUUGCCCCCUUUCUCAUCAGUCAUCCCUUCGCAUCUCUCGCCGGCAAAUAAACCCUCAUAAGACGAAAGCCUCUACGCAGUGAGCGAGAUUAAUCACAGUUUUCAUCCGAAAACUUCCGCCGGUUGUUCGCCGUCUACUCUCUGAUUUCAGUCCCUUAUAAGCAUCCUGUUCGUGUUAUGGGAGACAGUGAGACCGCUAUGACACAAAUAUCUGCUUUACAUAAUGAUGCAAGUGCACUUGUUGCUUCUGAUGCUGGUGGGUCCAUUGUUUCAGCUAAGGACAACAUUGCUGGUUCCGCUCCUGCUCUCGAUGCCCCCGAAAAUAUGACCCAGCAAGAAAACCAUGUUGUAACGGCAUAUGAUGCUAACAAAAGUUUUGCUGGCCAUGGUGACUCUUCUGUGGACACUCAGGUUACUGCUUAUGGGUCCUCGCUGAAUGUUAAUGGUGUUAGUGAAACAGAGGUUGGAGCAAAUGAAGGUAUUACAGAAAAUGGUGUUGCUUCAGCCGAUGGUAUUGGAUCUGCUGCUUUGCAUCAGACUGUAGAUGGUUCGGGCCUGAGUACUGAAGAAGAAAGAUUAUGGAGCAUAGUAAAGACUAAUUCUUUGGAUUUUGAUGCCUGGACUGCAUUAAUUGAAGAAACAGAGAGAAUGUCAGAGGGCAACAUAUUGAAAAUUCGAAAAGUUUAUGACACCUUUUUAGCGGAAUUUCCUUUAUGCUAUGGUUACUGGAAGAAGUAUGCUGAUCACGAGGCACGCCUCAGUUCAGUGGACAAGGUUGCGGAGGUGUACGAACAAGCGGUUCAAGGAGUGACCUACUCUGUGGACAUGUGGCUUCAUUACUGCGUUUUCGCCAUCAGCACUUAUGGAGAUCCUGAGACUAUCAGAGGGAUUUUCGAAAGAGGAUUGGCAUAUGUUGGAACUGAUUACUUGUGCUUCCCACUUUGGGACAAAUACAUCGAGUAUGAGAUAUCUCAACAAGAUUGGUCUCAUGUGGCUACAAUUUAUACAAGGGUAUUGGAGAUACCUAACCAGCAGCUGGAUCGAUAUUUUGAAGGAUUUAAAGAGUUGGUUGCCAGUCGCCCUUUAUCUGAGUUGCGGACAUCUGAAGAAGCUGCUGUUGCCCUAGCUGUUGCAGAUUCUGAAGCUGUAGCCCAAGAAAAUGAGGGAGAGGUCCCUUCUAGUACAUCAAAGACUACAAAUGCGAGCUUAAAAGAAGCUGAGGAGUUGGAGAAGUAUAUUUCUAUCAGAGAAGAGUUGUAUAAAAAAGCAAAGGACGUCGAUGCUAAGAUCAUUGGUUUUGAGACAGCUAUUAGGAGGCCCUACUUUCAUGUGAGGCCCCUCAAUGUUGCAGAGCUUGAGAAUUGGCAUAAUUAUCUUGAUUUUAUUGAAAGUGGAGAUGAUCUCAAUAAGGUUGUUAAGCUAUAUGAAAGAUGUCUGAUAGCAUGUGCUAGAUAUCCUGAAUUCUGGAUACGAUAUGUUUUGUGCAUGGAAGCUAGAAGCAGUAUGGAGCUUGCCGAAAAUGCACUUACCCGUGCCACUCAAGUCUUCGUAAAGUGCCAAGUGAGUGCAUCUUUUAUGCUAAAGCAAAGCCAUGGCAACACCAUGGCUGUGUGGUGUGGCGGAUUUGUGCCAAACCGCCAUGCUAAAGUUGUGAAGGAGGGUGGUUAUGGCGGCGCAACAGGCUGCCAUAGCAGGAUUUUUGUCUGCCACCAAUUCCUCUAUCCGCCAUCGAUAACACUGGCAAUUAAUGUGAACUGCCUUUUCAUGUCCUUUAAUAAUGGCCUAUUGGUACAGAGGCAACCAGAGAUCCAUCUUUUUGCUGCUCGAUUUGAGGAGCAGCAUGGUGAUGUUACUGGAGCUCGUGCUGCUUAUCAACUUGUGCAUAGUGAAAUUUCACCUGGUCAUCUUGAAGCAAUCAUCAAGCAUGCAAACAUGGAAAAUCGACUUGGAAACUUGGAAGAUGCUUGUUCCUUAUAUGAGCAGGCAAUUGCAAUUGAGAAAGGGAAGGAGCAGUCACAGACUUUGCCAUUGUUGUUCGGCCAGUAUUCGCGUUUUGUAUUUUUGGCCUCUCGCAAUGUUGACAAGGCAAGGGAUAUUCUUGUUCAAGGUGUGGAGAAUACCCAAUUGUCAAAACCCCUUCUAGAGUCUAUGAUCCACUUAGAAUCAAUCGUGCCUCUUCCGAAGCAAAUAGAAUAUUUAGAUUCCCUAGUUGAUAAAUUCAUCGUUUCGACUCCUGAGAACCCUAGUGUUGGUAGUGUUGAUGAAAGAGAGGAGCUAUCAAGCAUCUUCUUGGAGUUCUUGGAUCUAUUUGGAGAUGCUCAUACCAUCAAGAAGGCUGACAACCGGCAUGCAAAAUUGUUCUUGCACCACAAAAGCACGUCAGAGUCAAAGAAGCGCCAUGCGGAGGAUUAUUUAGCUUCAGACAUAACAAAACUUGGAAAAUCACUUGUUCCGACACCUGGUCCUCCAUUGAUGGGUGCAUAUCCCAACAUGCAAAAUCAGUGGGGAGCAGCUGGUUAUGGUGUUCAGCCUCAAGCCUGGUCUCAAGCUCCACAGGCUCAAGCACAACAGUGGAACCCUGGCUAUGCUCAACAGGCUGCUUAUGGUGGUUAUGGAGCGAGUUACCCCCACCCACAAGUAGCCACAUCCGUGCCCCAAACUGCCACGUACGGAAGUUAUCCUCCGACUUAUCCCACACAGGCUUACGCACAGCCAGUUGCAAGUGCAACUUUUACGCACAGCCAGGCUUACGCACAGCCAGUUGCAAGAUUUACAUAG